AUGUUUUGGCCACACCGAGAGGCUGCAGCGGCGGCGCGCGUACCCGGGAUUCGACGCUCCUCACGCCGCUUUGAAGCGAAUGAGGGCUGCGGUGGUGUCUCCUUGGGCCUGGUGCAGGGAUAUCAGACUAAAGCUGAUGUUUGUGAUUCAGGGCAACACGCUGUAACGCAUUGCAAACCCCAACCAGGCCAAAAACACCACACGAACACCGUCCCACCACCUCCGAUCUCUUCAUGGGACCGUAACCGGCCUCGUAUGACUCUCCGUCUCCCGCCCGAAGUCUCUCCCCUCCCUCCUCCGUGA